AUGUUUGAAUUGUUGUAACUAAUUUGUACAUGUCUAUUUUUUGUGUUUGUGGAACAUGAUGGGAAAUUUGCGUUGGAAUCUUUAUAGUUUUUGUUUGGAAUGUAAUAAACCUAUAAUUAUAAAAUUUGUAUUUGUAUAGAGUUUGUAAAACAAGUUAUUCUAUUGGUUUUGAAUGACGUUCAUGCAGUGUUUUAAAUUUGGCACCAUUUGAUAGAUUAUCGACUACGCACUAAUAAAAUCGUGCAUCUAGCAUCGCACCAAAAAUAUAGUGUACAUCAUAAAUAAAUGUUUCUUCUGGGCAGUAUAUAACUCAGUAAGAACUGCAGUAAACAGAAUUGAUGCAGUCACUAUGUUGGAAAAAUACUGUGUGUUCCAAAAACUGUUUUGGUCAUGGCGAUAACAGAAUAGGUGUGGCUAUGAAUGGGAAUAUAUACCAUGAGAGGCAGGUGAAGGAAUUGUGUGCAUUGCAUGCACUGAAUAAUCUGUUUCAAGAAAGUGAUGCAUUCAGCAAAACACAAUUAGAUGCUAUAUGUUAUUCAUUGUCACCAAAUAUGUGGAUUAACCCACAUAAAUCAUUGUUGGGGCUUGGAAAUUAUGACAUCAAUGUCAUCAUGGCUGCACUACAGCAAAAAGGAUAUGAAGCCAUCUGGUUUGAUAAACGGAAAGACCCAAAAUGUCUUAACCUGGAUAACAUUCUGGGAUUCAUAUUAAAUAUACCAAGUGACUGCAAGUUGGGUUUUGUGCUCCUGCCCCUACGAAGACGACACUGGGUUGCAAUCCGCCAAGUCCAUGGAACAUAUUAUAAUCUUGACUCAAAGCUUGAAUCUCCUCAGAUUAUUGGCAGGGGAGGGGACAUCACUACAUACCUGUCUGAGCAACUUGAGUGCACAGAAAAAGAACUGUUUGUCGUUGUAACAAGUGAUGUGGAGCAGAAUCAGAGCUGGCAAAGUGAUUCUCACCUGGAAGGAAAUGGUGUGGAGCCUGUGUCAAAUAACCAUUCAUUAAUACCAGAUUUUAGUAAUACCCUCAGCAGUACAGGUCAAGGUAACAAAUCAAAUAUUGACAGAACAGCAGUAAUGGACGAGAAUAUGGACUCUAUCACACAGCAGCUACUAUGCAACAUUACGAACAAACAGACAAGUUCUUCUCUUCUAGAAUUAAAUAGGUAGUGAAUGUGAUAAUGUUGUUUCUUGUGAAUAGUUCAGCUAAUGGUAUUUGGUGACAAGACUUGGUAUGAAAUAUGUGCACAAAAAUAAAUGUUUCAUGGCUGAAUGUUGUGAUUUUAUUGCUGCCACAUCCUGGUGGAUGGUGACUUAAACGUAAUCUUACAUCAUUACUACAGCAUUUUAAAACAAAUGGCAAUAUAAAAUAAACCACAAUAUGAAACACA